CGGACGGUCGUAGAGAGGAGAGUGUAGAUUGUUUCGCUUUCGUAACCGAACAAUGCCCGGUUUAUCAUAGUGGUAGAGCAGGAAUUGGAAAUAAUAAAAUACUGCUGUUCGUUUUCUGGUACGAAAGAAAACGAAAAUGAGGCAUCACGUACUUUGUGUGGGUGCUUUACUUGUGCUGAUGGCUUGCUUCGACCAACAUCGUGGAUGGCAGCAACAUUAUGACGAUUAUUCGGAAGGCACAGAUUCCACAUCGCCGAAGAGCUGCGCGCCGGGUAUGUUCCAGUGCGAGUACGGCGCGUGCAUCCCGGGCAGGUGGCACUGCGACGACUAUCCGGACUGCGCUGACGGGUCCGACGAGCCGCCAGAGUGCCAACAAAAAACCUGUAGGCCGCAGUCAUUCCAGUGCACAAAAUCCAAGCUGUGCAUCCCUUUAGCAUGGCUAUGUGAUGGCGAGAUUGACUGUGGAAGUCCAGAGGAUGACGCUUCGGAUGAAGACCUUGAAAGGUGUCAUGUGAAUUACAAAUGCCUCUGGAACGAAUUUAGAUGUCCUGACACAGUGGAAUGCCUUCCAGUGUCAGCACUUUGCAAUUCCACGUCUGAGUGUCCAGAUGGAAAAGACGAAGGAGACUUCUGCAAACCAGAUUAUGUUUACCCUGAUGGUGUGAGCUGUUCCAGUAUGAUGUGCUCACAUGCUUGUCGACAUAGUCCUAGUGGCGUUAUAUGUUAUUGUCGAGAAGGAGAGAAGCCUGUUGGCACAAACUGUGUAGAUGCUGAUGAAUGUCAGAUUGAAGGCUCUUGUGAUCAGCUUUGCAGUAAUGCUGUUGGUUCAUACUCCUGCUCUUGUGUGGAAGGCUACAGGGAAAAAGGAACUCAUUGUGAAGCAGUGAAUGUUCCAGAGGACGAGCCACCAUCUUUGAUUUUUAGCAGCAUCUACAGUAUCUAUCAUAUCCAUCUAAAUGGUACUGUGUAUGAGAAUGGUACAAAACUUGAUCAGCAUACAUUGGCUUUGGACUUCAAUCAUCGCAAUCGUACCAUCUGCUACAUAUAUCGUAAUGGUCCUCACUCUGAGCCUCGCUGUGCCAGUGUGGACAAUCUGGAAAACUGGUGGACUGUGGAGUCACCUUCAACAUACACUUUUGACUCAACAACACACCUUGCACUUGACUGGGUCUCUGGAAAUUGGUACUUUGUUGAUGAUUCUCGUGAAAUAAUAUUUUUAUGCACAUCGAUGCUUAAGAUUUGCACUGUUAUCAUUGACAGUAGUCUGAGCAAGCCAAAAGGGAUAGCAGUUGACCCCACAAAAGGCUAUAUGUUCUUCACAAUAUGGGGAGGUUCACCAGCAGCAUUAGAACGUAGCUUGCUAGAUGGAUCAGAACGUACAAAAUUAGUGACUCACAAGAUUGUGUACCCUUAUGGAGUCACAGUGGAUUAUCCAACACAGCAAGUCUAUUGGGUAGACACUUAUUUGGACGUCGUAGAGAGAAUUAAUUAUGAUGGAUCAAACCGAGUUAUUGUUAAAAGGGGCCCACCGAUACAAAAUGCUUAUGGGCUGACCGUUUUUGAAAAUUCCCUUUUUGUUACAAGUUGGCGAAAUUAUAGCAUAAUACGUGUAAACAAAUUUACCCAUGAGACUGAAAUGACAUUUUCAGAUAUUGGAAGACCAUUUACUAUUCAUGUUUACCAUCGACAGCGACAGCCAUCUGUGCAGCAUCCAUGUCAAAACAAUAAUGGAAACUGUGACCAAAUAUGCAUUACUGCAUGGAAAAAUGAAAGUAAAAGUGAAGGAAUUGCUCAGUGCCUUUGUCAGCCUGGUUUUAAACUCCAGGAUGGGACCAAAUGUGUUGAGGCAAGAUUACCAGAGUUCCUGAUUUAUAGCAAAGAAUCUCCAUCAGUUAUCAAAGGAAUGCCAAUGACAAAAAAUCCUGAUUACCAAGUUAUGGUACCAGUUACUAAUGUCCUUCGGGUAGUCGCCCUAGAUUAUGAUGCGGCCACAGGCUACAUUUAUUUUUCUGACAGUCACAGGAAUGUUAUUGAACGCCAGAAAAUUGAUGGUACUGGAAGGUCUGUCUUCAUAGACCAAGCUAUUGGCAAUUGUUUGGGUAUAGCUGUUGAUUGGCUAGGACGAAACCUUUAUUGGACUGAUGCUGGGCUUAGUUCCAUCAGUGUUGCACAGCUUGAAAAUCCCAAACAGAGGAAACUAAUUGUCGAAAAUGUUUUCUUUGCAAGGUCAAUUGCACUAGAUCCUGUUAAUGGAUACAUGUACUGGAGUGAAUGGGACAGUUUUUGGAGCAAGGAAGGACAGAUUGAACGUGCGUGGAUGGAUGGAUCAAACAGAGAAAUUUUUGUAGGUAGUGGAAUCAAAUGGGCCAGUGGACUGACAAUUGAUUUUCAGAACCGUGUGCUCUACUGGUGUGAUGCUUACCUGAACUCUAUAGAAAGUAUAACAUUAGAUACUACCACCACAGAAGUUGUGCUCAACAAGAAAACUGAUCCUGACUUAGACCGCCCAUAUGGGUUAGUGUAUCAUGAUGGUGCACUUUAUUGGUCUGAAUUUCAGAGGGGCACUAUACACCAACUGCACAUAGGGAAUGGAACUUCAGAACUGUUAAUUGAUGAAGGAACAACAUUAUUUGAAGUUAAGGUGUACUCUAAGAAUGCACAAGGUGGGGACAAUGAAUGCUCCAGGAAUCAUGAUCUUUGUCCUGAAUUAUGUCUGAGUCUCCCAGAUGGCCACACUUGCUCAUCACAUGAUGACCAUCUUAAAAUUGGAAGUGGGCAGGUCUCUGCCAACAGCUCUUCAAUGUCUCCCUGUUUACCUGGUCAAUUUCGCUGUGCUACACCCACAAACAAGGCCCUCUGCAUUGACCAGCGAUAUGUUUGUGAUGGAGAUGCAGAUUGUCAAGAUGGUUCUGAUGAGACUAUUGGUCUUGGUUCUGGAUGCAAGAAUACGCCAUGCCGUGAGGAUCAGUUUAGAUGUGAUGGGAACCGAUGCAUCACGAACCACUGGGUAUGUGACGGUGACAGAGACUGUGCAGAUGCCACAGAUGAAGACCCAGAACGCUGUAAAAAUAAAACUUGCAGCAUUACUCAGUUCACCUGUAAAGUGUCUCGUCGCUGUAUUCCAGCUGCCUGGUUCUGUGAUCAUGCUCAUGACUGUGGGCCGGGAGAUGACUCUGAUGAACACUGUGUUUACCCAAAAUGCAGUAUAACAGAGUUUACAUGCAAGAACAAAAGGUGCAUUUCACUUGAACUGAGAUGCGAUUCAUCUGAUGAUUGUGAUGAUGGUAGUGACGAAGCAGACUGCAGUGCCAAGUGCCAAGCUGGUGAUCAGAUAUACUGCAGAAGAGAUGAUCGGUGUCUUCCAAGUUCAGCUCAUUGUGAUGGACAUCAAGACUGUUCUGAUGGUAGUGACGAGCAGGGAUGUAAUACAACAGUCACCAGUCCUGUUCAUCCAACAGACAUCAGGCCUUUGUGUGGUGCUCAUGAGUUCCAAUGUAAUGACGGAUUGUGUAUAAGGAGCACCUUUGUAUGUGAUGGUCAUGAAGACUGCUCCGAUUCUUCAGAUGAAGCCUCCUGUGGAAAUGUGUCCAUGGCUCCAGCUACUACUACUGUAUCAAGUUUGUAUGGAUCACCCUAUGAGUGUGAACAUCCUAAUAGAGUGUGUGAUAACAAUACUAUAUGUCUUCCGGUUGAGUUGCUCUGUGAUGGGAAAACACAAUGCCAAGACGGGUCAGAUGAAGGCAUGCGUUGUGAUGAUCGUAUGUGUGAUAUUCAGCAUGUCUGUACACAUACUUGCCAUAAUGCACCAGAGGGCAGAGUUUGCUCCUGUCCUGCAGGAAUGUAUCUACAAACUGAUGGUUCUACAUGUUCCCCAUGGCAUCCUUGUGAUAUGUGGGGAACAUGUUCUCAGCGUUGUGAGCAGCAUGGUUCCAGACAUAAAUGUUCCUGCGAACCAGGGUAUGUUUUGCAUUCUGAUGGAUUCACGUGCAAAAGUACAGAUCCAGCUAUUCCAUAUGUAAUCUUCAGUAAUCGUCAUGAAUUACGAAGUGUUGACCUUAACACCUUCAAUGUAAAAGCUCUCAUAAUGAGUUUGAAGAACACAAUAGCAUUAGAUUUCUUUUAUAAAGAUAAUACGAGUACUAUAUUCUGGACUGAUGUAAUUGAUGACAAAAUUUACAGAGGGACACUUAUUGGUGGCUCUCUCAGUAACUUUGAAGUUGUGGUCCAGACUGGUCUUUCAACAGCAGAAGGCUUGGCAGUGGAUUGGAUUGGAGAAAAUCUGUACUGGGUAGAAAGUAACCUGGAUCAGAUUGAAGUGGCUCGUUUAAAUGGCAGUUUCCGACGUACAUUGAUAGCUAGUGAUCUGGAAUCGCCAAGGGCCAUUGCUCUGGAUCCAAGAGAUGGACUGUUGUUCUGGACAGAUUGGGAUGUCAACUCUCCCCGAAUUGAGCGUUGUAGUAUGAGUGGUCAGUAUCGCAAGGUUGUUGUUCGUGUCGAUCAGCUUACAGAUGGAGCUUGGCCAAAUGGUCUUACACUCGACUAUGUGCUUCGUAGAAUCUACUGGAUUGAUGCUAGGUCAGAUUCAAUCCACACUACCACUUAUGAUGGUUUACAACAUCAUGAAGUUAUACGAGGCCAUGAAACACUGUCACAUCCAUUUGCUAUUGCACUGUAUGAAAAUUAUGUUUACUGGACAGACUGGAGGACAAAUGCUGUUAUUCGAGGCAAUAAAUGGAAUGGGUCUGAUAUAAGUGUCAUACAAAGGACGUUGACUCAGCCAUUUGACAUACAGAUAAUGCAUCCCAGCAGACAGCCAAGAGAUGUAGUCAACCCCUGUGGAGAUAACAAUGGAAACUGCUCACAUUUAUGUCUGUUGAACCAGUUUGGGACAUACAAAUGUGACUGUCCUCAUGUCAUGCGGCUCAGUGAAGAUAAUCGAACUUGCAUUGUCAAUGAGCAGGUGCUACUAUUCUCCCGCACUAGCGAGAUCCGUGGAGUGGAUCUUGGCAUGCCGUACUAUCAUACAAUACCGACAAUCAGCUUACCACAGGUCCUGUCACCUUCACAACUAGAUUACAGCAUUAAAUUACGCAAGAUUUACUGGACAGAUAUUCAAGUCAAUGAACUGAAGCGAAGUGGUUUAGUUGGUGGAGAAACAGAGAGGAUCAUAGACAAAGGUAUUGAACAGCCAACAGGUUUAGCCAUUGACUGGAUUUCUGGAAAUAUGUUUGUGAGUUCAUGGGGUGCUGUCUAUAACUACAUACUAGUAUGCAACCUUGAAGGAGAAUAUAUUUCUGCUGUGGUUGGACCAGAUGAUGUCUUUCAAAUACGUUCUCUUGCUGUGGAUCCUUUACGAGGUGGUUUGUAUUGGAGUCACAUGCAAGAUAGUCAGUACGUAAUUGAAAGCAGCCGUAUGGACGGCAGUGAAAGGAAAAUGAUUGUUACCCAACGGGAAAAUCCACUGCUUGUGUCACCUCAAAGUCUUGCAAUGGAUUUGGCAGACUGGAGACUGUACUGGGUCAAUAUUAUGACACAUUCUGUUCAGUAUUACAAUUUUAAGACUGAAUCUGUGGAAACCAUUCAGCUACAACCGGGACAGAAGUCAGCUCUUGUAAUCUACCAUGGUCUCAUCUACUACGCAAAUCAAGACGAUGCAGCAAUCCAUAUAGCAAAUAAGACAACUGGCUUGGAUGAUGUUAUAUUGCGUAGUAAUACUGCCAAUGUCUUAUCUCUGCGGAUCUAUGACCCAAAUGAACAAGUCGGCAAAAAUCCAUGCUCUGAUAAUAAAGGUGGUUGUGCUCAUCUUUGCCUACCAGUGUCAGAAACAGAGCGAGCUUGCAAGUGUGCUACUGGGUACACUGCUCAUUCAGAACGGCCUGAAGAGUGUGUUGGCAUUGAAGAAUUUCUGUUCUACUCAAUGACAUCAGAAAUCAAAGGGAUGCUCCUUUCUGAGGACAACACAACUGAUAUACUGGGACCAAUUUCUCGAGUUUCAAUUGCAACAAGCAUUGACUUCUAUGCAGCUGAAGAUUACCUGUACUGGGCUGACAGUGACCAUGGAACAGUUACAAGAAUCCGUCGUGAUGGCACAGGCAGAGAAGAAGUUGUGGAACACUUUGAAUCUAUUGAGAAUAUUCCUAUUGACUGGAUAUCAGGUUUGGCAGUUGACUGGAUUGGCAAAAACCUUUACUGGACUGAUCCAAAAUUCAAUAUAAUUGAAGUGGCCCGACUAAAUGGCUCAUGUCGCUAUGUUUUGAUAAAUGGAAAUCUGUCAAGGCCAGCAGCCAUUGCUGUUGACCCAGUUGCAGGAUUCCUUUUCUGGAGUGAUAUAGGCAAAGAACCAAGAUUGGAACGUUCCAGACUUGAUGGUUCUGAUCGAACAAUUCUCUUAAAUGACACUACCAUCCAUGUCAACGAUAUUGCUAUUGAUUAUCAGGCAAAGAAAUUGUACUGGUGUGAGUCUAUAACAAAUGUCAUUCAAAGAAUGAACUAUGAUGGAAGUGAAAAAGAAGUUCUGCUGGAGCACUCAUUGGAUAAUCCUUUUGCCAUUAGUGUUUACAACAACACAGUUUAUUGGAUUGAUAUAACACAUGAAGGUGGUAGUGUCAAAUCAGCACAAGUAUCAAAUCUUUCAGAUUACACAGUGCUCAUGCGUGGGCUUGGUGAUUCACUAAAGGAUAUUGAAGUUUUUUCAAAAUAUAAGCAGCAGGGAACAAAUCCAUGUGCUGAAAAUAAUGGAGGAUGUGCAGAACUUUGUUUGUUUAAUGGUACACAUCCAGUUUGUGCAUGUGCACAUGGUAAAGUUUCUGCAGAUGGGAAAACUUGUGAAGAUUAUGACAGCUUUUUGGUGUACUCACGUGUUGUACGAAUUGACAGUAUUCAUAUGUUUGAUGAAAGCAACUUGAAUGCUCCAUUUCCAAGCAUUCAGUCACAAGAUUAUAUGCACAAUGCUAUAGGAUUAUCUUUUGAUUACAAUAGAAAGAAGAUAUUUUACUCUGAUAUUCAUAAAGGGAGCAUUAAUUCAGUUUACUUCAAUGGAACGAAUCAUACAGUCAUUGUAAGCAGUCAGGGGUUAGUUGAAGGCCUGGCAUAUGAGGCAUUUGACAACAUGCUGUACUGGACUUGUAACAAUGAUCCAACUAUUAGCAAGAUCAAUCUAACAAACAAUGUUAUCAAAACAGUAAUUAAAUUAGAGCAGACAGAUAAACCUAGAGGUAUUGAUGUAGACAGCUGUGAAGCACGUAUAUACUGGACAAACUGGAAUUCGCACAAUCCAUCGAUACAAAGGGCUUUUGUAAAUGGACAAGGUCUUGAAUCAAUCAUUACAAAAGACAUUCGGAUGCCCAAUGCUCUUGCCUUGGACCACAAGGCACAGAAGCUGUACUGGAGUGAUGCACGAUUUGACAAGAUUGAAAGAGCAAACUAUGAUGGCACGAACAGAGUGGUUUUAAGCAGGGUAAAGCCUCAACACACAUUUGAUAUAGCUGUGUAUGGGGAUUACAUAUUCUGGACGGACUGGGUAUUGCAUGCUGUCAUUAGAGCUAACAAAUACACUGGAGAUGAUGUAGUAUGGCUAAGGAGAGAUGUACCUCGGCCAAUGGGCAUUAUUGCAGUUGCAAAUGAUACAAAUGACUGUACAUCUAAUGCCUGCCGCAAUAGGAAUGGUGGUUGUGAAGACAAAUGUGAUCUAAAUGAGGCAGGGUCUGUCAUAUGCAGUUGUUUUUCUGGCCGGAAACUGCAGGCUGACAAUGCCAGCUGCUUAGUAACAGAAUCUGAAUGUAACACUAACAUGUUUAGUUGUGCUUCUGGAGGCUGCAUACCAUUUCAUUUAACUUGUGAUGAAGUUCCUCAUUGUGAAGAUGGAUCUGAUGAGGACUCAGCCGUGUGUGAGUUUCGCACUUGUCCCGAAGAUUAUUUCCAAUGUGGAAAUAAUAGGUGCAUCUUCCGUAACCAGACGUGCAACAAUAAGGAUGACUGUGGUGAUGCAAGUGAUGAAGUAAAUUGCCUUUGCUCUGGUGAUCAUUAUUUCCGAUGUAACUCAGGUCAUUGCAUUCUUGGUGACUUCCGAUGUGACCACGAUCCGGAUUGUCCAGAUGUCAGUGAUGAGAUUGGUUGUCCUCCACGUGACUGCAGUGGAUUAGGUGUUAUAGCUCCUACAAUUCCUUGCAAUACAACAACUGCAUGUAUUCAUCCAAAAUGGAUAUGUGAUGGUGAAAAUGACUGCUGGGAUUCUAGUGAUGAAGCAAACUGUCCAGAAGUGACAACCUCCGCAUGCAGAGAUGAUCAGUUCCGAUGCCAAAAUGGAAAAUGUAUCAGUCUGCAGUGGCGCUGUGAUAAUGCUAAUGACUGUGAUGAUGUUGGUGAAGAUAAUUUAAGUUCAGAUGAGAGGAACUGUGCACAGCAAAUCUGCCCUUCACAUCAGUUUCGAUGCAACAACUCCGAAUGUAUCCCAUCUUCAUGGGAAUGUGAUGGUUUGCCAGACUGCCUGGACAAUUCAGAUGAAUCUGAACUUUGCCGGCACAGGAAAUGUCCAGAGACAGAUCAUAAAUGUAAUUCAACUGGACGUUGCAUUCCUCUUGCUUGGGUAUGUGAUCAUGAAGAUGAUUGUAAGGACCAGUCUGAUGAAAGCAUAGAGCAGGGUUGCUUACAGGCACCCUGUUUAUCACAGGAGUUCCAGUGUCUUAAUCAGCAAUGUAUAUCCAUGAUUUUUUACUGUGAUGGUGAUGAUGACUGUGGAGAUGGCAGUGACGAACAUGAGCACUGUUUAAAAACUUGCUUGAAUAAUGAGUUUCGCUGUGACAAUGGUAACUGUAUUCUUUCAACGUGGGCCUGCAAUGGUGCAGAUGACUGUGGAGAUAAUUCAGACGAGACAGAAAAGGCAUGCUCAAAUGAAACAGAAAUAUCAUGUAAGGAUCAUGGAUUAUUCUCAUGUACAAAUGGCAUCUGUGUGAAUGAAUCCUUGCUGUGUGACGGCCAGGACAACUGUGGAGAUUAUAGUGAUGAAGAGAUGUGCAAUAUCAAUGAGUGUGCCAAUUCUAAAGUUUGCAUGCAUGAUUGUGUUGAUCUUAAAGUUGGCUAUGCAUGUACUUGUCGCCCAGGCUUCAGAGUAAAUCAAAAAGAUUGGCACCUCUGUGCAGAUGUUGAUGAAUGUGCAGAUCGUCCUUGUAGUCAGAUAUGCCGUAACACAAUGGGCUCGUAUAUCUGUUCCUGUGCUGAUGGUUACAUAUUACGCAGUGAUAAACACUCUUGCAAAGCCAAUACUACUUUUGAGCCAAAACUGAUAUUCUCAAACCGCUAUUACAUACGGGAAAUGGACCUUGUUGGACACGCAUCACUACUGGUUCACAACAUGACAAAUGCAGUUGCUCUUGAUUUUGAGUGGUCUACACAGUGUAUAUAUUGGAGUGAUGUUACACCACUUGGGUCCAGUCUAAAGCGAUUGUGUCCUGGAGGAAACGCCACUCAUGAGGUUUUACAUUCAGCAACACUCAGAAAUGCUGAUGGUCUGGCUGUUGACUGGGUUGCACAUAAUUUAUAUUGGUGUGACAAAGGUUUUGACACAAUUGAAGUAUCACGACUUGAUGGGCGAUAUCGUAAAGUCUUAAUAAACAGUGGUCUACAAGAACCUAGAGCUAUUGCUCUUGAUCCGAGGAAUGGAUAUAUGUAUUGGACUGACUGGGGCGACCAAAGACACAUUGGGAAGGCAGGAAUGGAUGGCUCAUCUCCACGUGUUUUAAUAAAUGAUUCUCUUGGAUGGCCAAAUGCUAUAACAAUCUCCUUUGAAACAGAUGAAUUAUUCUGGGCUGAUGCUAGAGAAGAUUAUAUAGCAGUAUCAGAUCUGAAUGGAAACAAAAGAAGAGUUAUUAUAAGUCGCAACAGUAAUUCCAAGAACCUUCCACAUCAUAUAUUUGCUAUUACUGUAUUUGAAGAUUACUUAUAUUGGACAGACUGGGAAACAAAGUCAGUUGAACGUGCUCAUAAAUAUUUUGGAAAUGAUACAAAGACAUUAAAAACACUAAUACAUCGACCAAUGGACAUUCAUGUUUUUCAUCCAUUCAGACAGCAACCUUUAGAACAUAAUCCAUGUGAAGACAAUGGUGGAUGCAGCACCCUUUGUUUAUUGACGCCAAAUGGAGGUCGUCGCUGUUCUUGCCCUGAGCAUUUUGUCCUUGCAGAGGAUGGAUAUAGUUGCAUUGCCAAUUGCACAUCAGCUCAGUUUGUAUGUGCUACAACAUACAAGUGUAUUCCAUUUUGGUGGCGAUGUGACACACAGGAUGACUGUGGUGACAGCUCUGAUGAACCCAAAGGCUGCCCAAAGUUUUCAUGUCGUCCAGGGCAGUACCAGUGUGCCAAUUCUCGCUGUAUUCAUCCAUCAUAUUUGUGCAAUGGUGAAGAUGACUGUGGUGACAGCUCAGAUGAAAAAGAUUGCAAUAAUUACACAUGCUUAAGCACCCAGUUCAAAUGUAAAGGCAAUGAAACUGUCAGCGAUCACUGCAUUCCACUCACAAGAAAAUGUGAUGACUAUCCUGAUUGUCUAGCUGGUGAAGAUGAACAGAACUGCCCCCCAAAAACAUGUCCACAUAACCAGUUUCUCUGCAGCAAUUUAAAAUGCAUCCCAUCAGUCUGGGUCUGUGAUGGAGAUGAUGACUGUGGUGACAACUCAGACGAAAAAGUUAAUUGCAAGGAUAGAGUAUGUCCUAGCAACCAUUUCAGGUGCAAUUCAGGACGCUGCAUACCAAAUACGUGGCGCUGUGAUGGAGAUACGGACUGCUCUUCAGGAGAAGAUGAACCAGAAUCAUGUUUGACACAUUUCUCAAGAAGCUGUGACCCAACUUACUUUAAAUGCACAAGUGGGACUUGUAUUCCUGGACGAUGGCGCUGUGACUACGAUAAUGACUGUGGAGACAAUUCUGAUGAGAGGGACUGCAAACCACGAAACUGCAGUGAAUCAGAAUUUCAAUGUCACAAUGGCCGAUGCAUACGUGGCAGUCAGCGAUGUGAUGGGGAGUUCCACUGUGAAGACCAUAGUGAUGAAGUUGACUGCAAUAACACUUGCAGUAGUGUUGAAUUCCAGUGUGCAAAUCCUCACUACUGCAUCUACAUUGAAUGGAAAUGUGAUGGUGAUGCUGACUGUAGUGAUGCAUCAGAUGAAAUGAAUUGUAGUGACACCUGUCCACCAUGGCAGUUCACCUGCCACAAUAAACAGUGCAUUAACCUGAGGUGGCGUUGUGAUGGUGACGAUGACUGUGGUGAUAGUUCUGAUGAAUCCAAGACCCUUUGUGCAAAUGUUCCAUGCCCUCCAGGAAGACACAGGUGCAAAAAUCAUGUCUGCAUUCCUGCAACAAGUGUUUGUGAUGGUCAUGAUAAUUGUGGUGACAAUUCUGAUGAAGAUAUUGAAAUAUGUAAAUUUUUUGGUAUUUGUAAGGAACAGCAGUUUGCUUGUGACAAUGGAUUUUGUAUAAGCAAUGUGCUUCGUUGUGAUGGUAUGAAUGAUUGUGGUGAUAAUUCUGAUGAAAGAGGGUGUGAUGAGCCACCAUGUACAUUUGGCACCUGUUCGCAAAUGUGUGUUGAGAAGAAAUCAGGAAAUUACAGCUGCCAUUGUGCUGCUGGCUACACAAUGGCCACUGGAAACCCAUUAGAGAAGAACCGAACCUGCUUAGCAGAAGGAGGACCACCCACAUUAAUUGUAGCUAACGAUGCUGAGCUACGUCUUCUAAAUGCAUAUAAACCAAGUGAAGAAUGGAGCAAUAGUUUGACUGUCAAGCAGGCUAAUGGUGGCACAUUAAAUGCUUACAAGCUUGAAUCAGUGGCUAUUCUAUGGGAGGGCCAUGAGAGCACAAUUUUCUGGUCUGAUUAUCAACACCAUCAUAUACAAAGCAUGCCUUUACUUCUCCCAUCCCCACCUGCUGGCAGUAGUGAUUCUACUACUACAGGUCACAGGAGAACACGAAGAGAAGAUCAUAUACGAACACUACUUGAGAAUUUGCAAGAUCCAAAAGGUCUUGCAAUUGACUGGGUUACAAAACGAUUAUACUGGGUAGAUGCAGGAGCUGACACUGUUAUGGUUUCAAAACUUGAUGGUCUUGAGCGAACAACACUCAUCAGUACAGAUCUGGACCAGCCACAUGAUAUUGUUGUUGAUCCACAAUCUGGACUUAUGUUCUGGUCCGACUGUGGAAAAAAGGCUCGAAUAGAAGUUGCUGCAAUGGAUGGAACAAACCGCCACACUCUUAUUGAUGCAUCUGGGCAAUGGCCAGCUGGAUUAGCAAUUGAUUAUCCAGCUCGUCGCCUCUACUGGAGUGACCCAAAAGCUCUUACUGUAGAAAGUGUUGAUCUGUAUGGCCACGAUCGACGAAUUGUCCAUAUAUUUCCCUCAGAAAUGAAACCAUAUAAAGUGGAUGUGUUCGAGGACACGCUGUAUGUCAGCAUGUACCGUCCAUUCAGUGUGGUUCGUCUGAAUAAGUUUGGCCAUGGGGACCCAACAUUUAUGGUGCAGAGCAUGUUUAGAAUUACUGACAUAAUAAUUGCCCACAAGAUCAAACAGGAUCACAACAUUUCUGACAUUUGUGCCUUCCAAUUCGUUUGCCAUAAAAGUGCACUUUGUGUGAUUGGAAUGAAUCAAACAACUAUGGAGCCUCAGCCGUCAUGCCUUUGUCCUGAUGGAUUCACAAAAACUACUGUAAAUGAUACAAGUGGCUAUACUGUCUGCAAAUCAAAUGGAACAAGGAACAAGGCUUGUGAUCUGAACUGUCACAAGGGAAGAUGCGAGAUAGGUAUUGAUGGUCCAAAAUGUGUAUGUCCUCCACAGUAUGAUGGAGAUCAUUGCCAGCAUUAUCGAUGCUCACAGUACUGCCACAACAAGGGCAUGUGCUAUUUUGAUCUCUUGUCAUCGACACCACAACCAAAGUGCAACUGCCCACCUCAGUGGACUGGUGACCGUUGUGAAACACCAGCUAAUGCUUGUGAUGGACACUGUCUGAACAACGGGACUUGCCAAUGGAGCAUCACGGGAUUUGUUGGGUGCCGAUGCCCCAAAGGAUAUGCAGGUACAAACUGUCAACACUGUGAAAACUUGAGGUGCAUGAACACUGGUGUCUGCUCAUUGGAAGGUGGUGCCCCACACUGCAUAUGCCCACCAGGAUACAAUGGAACACGCUGUGAGAUGUCUGCUUGUACUGGAUUUUGUGAACAUGGUAUAUGUAUUAUCAACAAAAGUGAACCUCGCUGUGUAUGUCCACCAAGUCGUAUUGGCAGAAGAUGUGAAAUCCCUAAUUGUGAAGGUGUCUGUCUGAAUGGAGGGGUAUGCCGUGCUUAUGCAAAGGAAAGUGUCUGUGAAUGCAAGCCAGGGUACACAGGGCGGCGAUGUGAAAAAGCUGUAUGCGACUGCAAUUGCUCACCUGGUGAAGAAAACUGUGUAUGCCCCCCAGAAUGUGAAUUCAACACAGUAUCACAGUGUACUUCCAGUACAUGUGCCAAUGGUGGAACAUGUUCUGUUGUGAAUGAUCGCACUGUCUGUCGGUGUCGCGAAGGCUACAGAGGGGCAGACUGUCGUGAAGUUGAUCCCUGCAGUGAAUUUUGCCAUAAUGGUGGCACUUGUCAAAAGGAAGAGGUAUCACAUCCUGUAACAUGCAUCUGUCCACUUGGAUGGACAGGUCUACGGUGUGAAAUCAAAAUAACAACUGCGUGUCGUGGACUUUGCUUAAAUGGUGGUACCUGCAAUCUUCAGGCAGGCAGCGUUCAGCAUGCGUGUUUGUGCCCACCAGAAUUUGGAGGUGCACGUUGUGAGACGCCAGUCAGCUUAGGUACAGCCACAGCAGGCAAGGCAGAGGACAGUAGGCAGCCUGUUAUUAUUGUGAUUGUGAUUGUUGUAGUGACACUGUUGGUAUUAAUUGCUGCCGCAGCUGCAUUUUUUGUUUUCCGAGGACGACGUGGCGGAAAGCCAUUCAUGCACACUAGGAUGCAGGAGAAUGUGGAAAUAAGUAAUCCUAUGUACUUGCGUGAAGAUGCUGAAGAUGAAGGAGAUGUUCUGGAUAGGAGUUUUACACUUGAUGCAGAUAAGACUGGCAAUUUUGCAAAUCCGGUAUAUGACUCAAUGUACAGCAGCACUGGUAUAGAACCAGGCACUGCUGCAAGUGAAGAGAAAACAGGGUUACUCCAUAAUGAUGAAUACACCAAGGAUUCUCAUCUGUUAGCAGCUGAAAGCAGAGAAAAGCUAUAAGCUGUGAACAUUUUUAACUGAAAUUCACUUUCCAAAACCAAAAGCAUAUGUCCUAAAAUAAUACUCUGUCUUAACUGGCACAGUGAACAAAUGUUGAAUAUUAGCUUUAACUACUUUUGGUAUACCGAAUACAUCUCAGCACUCUUGCCACCGGUCAUGAUGCUCUCAUUUUCAUGCAGUAAUUAUAAGCAGCACCAUAUGUGUUGUAUGUAUGGCAUCAGCAUGUUCUCUUCCAAUUUCUGAUAGUAGCUCAGAAAGAGGAGAUAAAAUUAUUUCUGUUUGUUUCCUAUUGAUCAGCCUUGACUGUCCGUAUUAUCAGUAAUUCUUGUCCCUUAGGAGGGGAUAAGUCACUGUCGAAACUGAAAGACAAGAAGUGAAAAUAUGUGUACCAACUCACUGUUCCAUUGAAAUUAUAAGGUAAUAUUCUGUGUUUUGAAUUUAUUUAGAGUGUUCCAUGGAGGACAGCAUUCGACAAAUCAGUUCAAAAAAAUACUGACAAAUAACUUUAAA